AAAUUGGAUAGUGUCUGAUGAAUACUGGGAGGUUUAUUAUAGUCGUUCGAGAGAAGCAAUUGACAACAAGCAGUGACGUGACCGGAAGUGUUGGACGGAAGUGUCUCGUCGUCAGCUGAUAGAGGAUAGUUUCGGUCAAAGAUGGCUUUUCCCAAGUCCAGCAACCCGUUUGCAGAUGAUGAUGAAGAAGAGGGAGCGUAUGGGUCUAACGUUGGGGGAAUCGAUGAAAACGAUAGAGGUUUGAGUGAUGCUGAGAGGCGUCAAAGACACCUGCAGCAGGAGGUUAUGCGCACAGCCAAGUCUGCGGUGGACAGCAGCCACCGGUCCGUUGCUCUCAUCUACGAUUCAGAGAAGAUGGGUGUGGACACUGCAGAGGAGCUGAUGCGUCAGGGGGAGGCUCUGAAAAGGUCAGAGAAGAUGGUAGACAACAUGGAGGAAGACUUGAAGACCAGCCAGAGGCACAUCAACGGCAUCAAGAGUGUGUGGGGAGGUCUUGUGAAUUACUUCAAGGCGAAGCCAGAAACCAAGCCACCGCCUGUGCAGAACAACUCGUACCAGGCCAGCGACAAAUUACAGAAUGCCCUGUCCUCUAGUCGAGGACAUGAAGAUAAGUACCAGGCCAGUCACCCCAAUCUCAGAAAGAUCGAUACAGCAGGAUUUGGAGCCUCUGCACCAGUAGACGACGACCCAUCUGUACAGAACGGCCAUCCUAGGAACCAGCAUCUAAGGGCCGCUCAUCAGACCCUGGACAAUAACCUAGAUGAUAUGUCCCUGGGACUGAGCAGACUGAAGGGCUUGGGAUUGGGUCUGCAGUCGGAGCUCGAGAGUCAAGACGACUCGCUAGAUUCUCUGAUGAACAAGGUCGAUAAGAUGGACCUGAAGAUCAACAACACCAACCAACAAAUCAAAAACUUAAAAUAAAACUGACUUGCAUACAAACUUUGAGAGACAGAAGUAGAUGGCUUCUUUAUUGCUGGGUAUCAAAGCUGUCCAUAGCAGAAUGACGUAACUAUUAUUUUAUAUCAAAAUGAAUGAAAUACACAUUGUAUUUGAGCUAUUUAGCUUUUUUGCUUACAUGGAUCUUCCUUCUUUUUAUUCGCUGCCUACUAACACAGGCGGUUUUGAUGCCUAAAGCCCAUCUGUCAGUUUUUAUUGAACAGAAUAUUAUUAAGUACAUAUGCAUGUGUGUCUUAUGACUACUCAAUUGAGAACAUUUACUCUAAUUUUCAUUGAAAUGUUUUCAAACAAAAUCAACUGAUUGACCACAUUUGAUUGUGUUUCCAUAUUUUUGAAGGAGAUAUGUACAGAGACUAUAGAAAUGUGCUCAUGCUCCAGCAGCAAGCAGUUACUAAAUGACUACAUGUAUAACUGGUAGCCAGAACGUCGUCGCUGUCGACCCCAAAUUGAUUUUAUCAAACAAGGAAUCUUAACAUGUUAUGUUUUGCCUAAUACAUCUUGCCUUACUUAACUCUUUUAUUUUGUUGUGCCUGCUAUAAAAAUCCUCCAAAUGUUUUUUCCUUUCCCAAUUUUGAUUAGUUGUAUUAUUUUCUAGGGUCAUUGAAUCAACUUGACUUUUAGUGCAUAUCUUUUUAAGAUGUAUUUGUGACGUGAAUAAGGAUGUUUUUGAGGCAGAUAUAAUGUGAACAGUGGGGCUGCAUUCUGUGAAUAUAAAAAGUUGAAUUUCAUAAUGAGACAAACACUUUAAAUGACCUACAAUAGGAGACUAGAGAAACCACUAACUUGCUCCAAUUGAAGGAUCUGCUGUUUGAAAUCUAUUAAAUAACGUUAAUCUAA